AUGGCUGAGUUUGUGAUUCAGCUUCUUCAAGAAUACAUCUCUAAACUUCGAAGAACAAAUGAGUUUAAACAACUCACUCCUUCGAAGUAUGUGGAUGAGCGAAAGAAACCUGCUCAACUGAACGCUGCUCCUACUGGCGUACAAUUAGUUCCUGCAUUUGUCUCCGAUUCAACAAAUCAGAUGAUCAACUACCAGAACUCGUCAACUGCAAAUUUUUCAAAUGUGAGAUGGUCAUAUGCUUCGCAUGAACAACAAAUCUACCAUGGACAACCUCCACAUCCAGCACUUUCUGCAUCACAACAACUAUUUGCGUAUGAUCAAAACUUCCAACCAACAGCACCGCAAAUGCAGCAUCAAUUUUUUGGUGAACAAUACUUCCAACCAACACCUCCACAUCCACAUAAUCAAUUUUUUGGCGAACAAUACAUCCAACAAACACCAUCGCAGACGCAUAAUCAAUUUUUUGGUGGACACUGCUUUCAACAGACUCCGUCGCAGCAUCAAUUUGUCCGUGGACAGAACAUUAGACCACUUCAACAAAUACAUCAGCCAUAUACAUAUGAAAGAAAUUUUCCCCUAUCACCAUCGGAACACUCGUAUCACCAAUAUCAAUACCCAAUGCCCCCACAAUAUCAUGCAUUUGGUAUUGAACAGCGUCAGCCGGCAUCACCACUCCAGCAGCAAUUUCCAUCUGAACCGUAUAUCCUAUCACCACCACAGCAGUUAAAUGAUCAAGUUUAUCUUCCUUAUAAGUUCUGCCAACAAAAAAGUCGACAACAACAAGUUUUCAACGAACGGAAUUGCGGAGUUUCUUCUCAGGAGCUUCCACGUCAGUUGCCACGUCCUGUACCGCUGGGAAUUUGCAUGCAUUCUGAUAUCUUAUGUAACGGCACCGUAGAUGAAAGCGUACCAAUAGCUGAAGGUCAAUAUUUCUCCUCGACGGAAUCUGAAGGAUACACAAAUGGCGAAAAUCAGUCAGGAACAAGCUCCGACUCAUUGGCUUUCUCAUCUGUGACUGAAGCAAACGUCAGGACUAAUGCACAGUGGAUUGCGAAGGAAAAUGAAGAGAAAAAUUUGGAAGUUGGAGUUUUUGACAAUAAAACUGAUAUUUCCUGCUCUCAAUUAACAAGAGAAAAGAAUGCCACCACUGCUGCAUCUUCAGAAAACAUUGGAGCAAAUAGUGGAGAAGAAGAGGAAAUAGUGGAGAAGAAAUCGCCAGCAGAAUUUUCUGAUAAAAACGAUGAUUUGGAAACAAAAUUGACUCAAAAUGCUGCUAAAAAUGUUUCUUCUGUAAUUACGAAAAUUGCGCCUCAGUAUAGCAAAAUUGCGACAUCUCAGAAUCACGAAUAUGAAAUUUGCUCAACUGUACUACCAUCCAAACAAACGACAUCGAAAGUAUCUGUUGUGGAAAGUAAAAUUGACCAAGACGCGUACGAGGAGAAAUUUCUUAACCAUUUAACGGAUGCAGAGAUUGUUGGGUUUAAAGAAAAAAAUGAAAAAGAUUCAUGGAUUGAGCCUACCAAAAAGCACAUCGCAAAAAAUGCUAUAAAAAUUGACAUGCGGAAAGUUCUGAUGUAUCAAAUGUGUGAAGACAAUAAGACAGAUAACCCUCCGAUUGAUAUUGUUGAAACUCAGCAUGUAAAUGAAAGUGAUGACGAAGUCGUCGAAGAUGAGAAGACAAAAAAAGAAGUUUUAAAAUCCCUGCAGAAGAAUCAGAAUAAAAGGAAAGUUAAGACGAAAAAGGACAAUAAUGGCGAAAACAAGAAAAAGAAGAACAAGAAAACCGUCAAAGUAACUAUUCCGGACAAUUUAGAAUCGAUGCUGCCUGUAAAAGACAAGUAUUAA